AUGGCGGCGCCCCUUAGAGAUGAGGACAAGGACAGGCGCAGGAGACUUGCUGAAGAGUUUCUGGACCCCGCACAGGAUGAUAGCGCGCGGAGCUACCGCGCCGAGAUCCUUAACAUGCUCAACCGCGGUCAGAAAAGAUUGACAGUCAGUAUCGACGAAAUCCGAUCGCACAAUCGAGAGCUCGCCAAUGGCCUCCUCAACGAGCCCUUCGCCUUCGUGGAAGCCUUUGACGACGCUCUCAAAAAGGUGGUCGAAACAUUUCCAGAUCGGCCGAAGCACGAACGAUCAGACGAUGCAAAAUAUUACUGCGCGUACAUUGGAAGCUUUGGCGAGUUUUCAUGCAACCCACGGUCGCUCGGCUCGCAACAGCUGAACCACAUGGUAUCGCUGGAGGGCAUUGUGACAAAGACCUCAUUGGUGCGGCCAAAAGUGGUGAAGAGUGUGCACUACAACGAAACGAAGCAAAAGUUCCACUACCGACCGUAUGUCGAUCAAACGAUGACUAUGGGUGCCGGAAGCACAAGCGUAUACCCGACAGAGGACGAUGAGGGCAAUCCGCUCAUCACAGAGUACGGAUACUGCGUGUACAGGGAUCACCAAACAAUCUCAAUUCAAGAAAUGCCCGAACGAGCGCCAGCAGGCCAGCUUCCCAGAUCUGUGGACGUGGUGUUAGACGACGAUCUUGUGGACCGUGUGAAACCCGGAGACAGAAUCCAGCUUGUGGGUAUCUACCGCUCCCUCGGUAACCGCAAUGCUGGAUCUGGCAGCUCCACGUUUCGCACUCUUAUACUUGCUAAUAAUGUCAUCCUAUUGUCUUCGAAAGCGGGAGGCGGUAUCGCUCAGGUUGUUCCCACUGCCAUGGACAUCCGGAAUAUCAACAAGAUCGCGAAGAACAAGAGGGUGUUUGAGCUAUUGUCUCAGUCCUUGGCUCCAUCUAUCUACGGUCAUGACUACAUCAAGAAGGCCAUUCUACUCAUGCUUCUAGGUGGUCAGGAGAAGAACUUGGAGAAUGGCACCCAUCUAAGAGGAGACAUCAACAUUCUCAUGGUCGGUGAUCCGUCUACUGCUAAAUCACAGUUGCUCCGCUUCGUUCUCAACACUGCUCCUCUGGCUAUUGCCACUACUGGUCGUGGCUCUUCAGGCGUCGGUCUGACAGCUGCCGUGACCUCGGAUAAGGAAACCGGCGAGCGACGUCUGGAAGCAGGUGCUAUGGUUCUUGCUGACCGCGGAGUCGUUUGUAUCGACGAAUUCGACAAGAUGUCAGAUGUCGAUCGUGUGGCCAUUCACGAAGUCAUGGAGCAGCAGACCGUCACCAUCGCCAAAGCUGGUAUCCACACGUCGCUCAACGCCCGGUGCAGUGUCAUCGCAGCCGCCAACCCCAUCUUUGGUCAAUACGAUAUCCACAAGGACCCGCACCGCAACAUCGCCCUACCAGACUCCCUCCUUUCACGUUUCGACUUGCUCUUUGUUGUCACGGAUGAUAUCGAAGACGCACGAGAUCGUCAGGUGUCCGAACACGUCCUUCGCAUGCAUCGCUACCGCACACCUGGUGCUGAGGAAGGACUUCCUGUUCGUGAAGACGGUGGUCAACUACUGGGUGUAGGCUUGGAGACUGACACAGAUUCGAAUAAGUCGACUGAAGUGUAUGAAAAAUUCAACCCUAUGUUGCACUCUGGCGUAACGAUUACCGUUGGGCGCGGCGCGCAUCGAAGGACCGAAGUUCUCUCCAUCCCUUUCAUCAAGAAGUACAUUGCCUACGCUAAACGCGAAAAGCCGGUUCUUACCAAAGGCGCUGCAGACCACAUUGUAACAGUGUACUCGGCUCUACGUAACGACGAACUUGAUGCCGGCACACGUCGCACUUCGCCUAUCACCGCCCGUACGCUGGAGACACUCAUCCGUCUCUCAACUGCGCAUGCCAAAUCUCGUCUGUCGAAGCGGGUAGAACAGAGAGACGCCGACGUUGCUGAGCAGAUCCUUCGAUUCGCCUUGUUCAAAGAAGUUGUUGAAACGGAACGGAGAAAGCGCCGCCGCGUCACCCGUGACCCAGAUGCCAUGUCCACGGAUGAUGAAUCGUCAGAGGAUGACGAUAACGAUGAGAAUGGUGACGAGAGAGAAACCACCGCUACGCGGAGAACGGACGGUCCUAGCACUCGAAGCCAGCAGACAGGCACCACACAAACACCCGCCAAUGAGGAUGAAGAGGAAGAAGAAGACAACGAGGAUCUCUACAGCACGACACCCAAAACCCAGCGGACAACCCAACGAAGUGGCAAGACUGCAUCUAGUGGUCGCGCCGGUGCGAGUUCCUCCCAGUUCAGCGCAGCGUCUUCUCGCCCGGCAUCCCAACUGCCUGCAACACAGACAGAAUCGCAGGACUCGCAGAGCAUCACGCCUCCGCGUCUGCAAAUAUUCCAAAAUGUGCUCGGCCAGCUUAUCGACGGGCCUCUGUUCGCAAACGAUGCUGCGGACGUAGAACCCCUGGUUGCAGCUGUGAACUCGAGGCUGGGCGGCGGGAGUGGACGGCAGCCUUUCGAAGAGGCGGAGGCGAGGAAAGCGCUCGAGGAACUGAGCGAGAGGAACAAGAUCAUGUUCUCGGAUGAUAUCGUGUAUAAGAUCUAA